AUGGCCAAAACCUAUGUUGCUCAAAGCUGCGGGGAGAGCUACUCUGCACUCUUUGAUCGAGGUGGUAGUGAUGUCAAGCUUGCUAUUGCACAGGGAUCCUUCAGGGCUGCCUUGCAACAUUUUCACAAUGUUCACGCACCCGGUACACAUCCGUAUGAAUCUCUGCUACAUGGUCUUUAUAGAUCGGCAGCUAUACGUAUGUUCUUGAUAACCCAUGGGCUUCCGCACAUCGAAGCCGCAAAAAACUCCUUUCGCUCGGCAUUGCAACUCAUGGGGCCAGCAAGUAUUCUUCGCACGAAGACGAUCAUUGGAUUUGUGUCGUCUGUUCAGCUGAGUGCUAUGAGUCAACCACAGACUAAUUUGAGGAAUGCACGAGAUCUUGUUGUAGCACGGGGGGCUUUGAAAGCGGAAAUGAAAAGAUCAGACACAACUUCGGUGGUGUUUGGAUUGCAAAGCCAGGAAGCAGAGUCCGCCACCACCGCCGAGAAUGGGUACAGCCAAGAACUCGCACUCGAAUUUUUGGCGGACCCUGACAAGCUAGCAGUGAAUAUAAAUGGUAUCAUGGACAGUGUCUGGGAAUGGAAAACCUUCAGCAACGAGAACUAUGCUUCGUACAAGUUACUCGCGUUACGAAUUGAACAGGUGGAUCGACAGAAGACUCUACAUAACGAUAUGAAGAAACGCGGUGGUGCUCGUACAUUAUCUCAAGACUUCGACGAAUUCGAGGUCAGAGCGCUUGCUGAGUACGGCCCCGUUGUAAUCCUCAAUGUUACCGGGUUCCGCAGUGACACCAUCGUGAUCUGCGCGGAUAAACUUCAUAAUGUUCACCUUCCCAUGGCUGUGCAAGAUGGGUGCGAGGAACAGUAUAGAAAAUUGAAGCAGCUCCUUAAGAUAUUCGAGGAUGAAGAUAUUCCACGGGAUCGAUGGGAUGUGUCGGACAAGUCACCUCGUGAAGUCUUUCUUUGGCUCUGGACUGCAAUUGUACGGCCAAUACUAAUAUCUCCUCCCAUCUCCAUUGAUAGACGUCUUCAGGGCCAAAGGCCACGAAUUUGGUGGGUCACAUCAUCGUGGGCGAAUCUGCUACCUCUCCAUGCUGCCGGCGACCAUAAGAGGGCUGCGGCUACAGGCGAGCCUUGUAGUAUCCUUGAUCUCACUGAAUCUUCUUAUACUCCAACGCUACGGGCUCUCAGAGAAGCGCGAAAGAGAAUGGAAGACUGUUCUUCCCAGUAUGCAGAAGAACCUCGCGAAGCACUUUUGGUUGCGAUGCGGACGACAGCAGAUAGACGAAGCCUUCUCAAAACCAUGACAGAAACAGAUACUGUGAGAUUUUUUAUCAACGCUCACUUCGUUAUAUGUAUUCUGCGCGAACCAUAUACGUCUGAAGUCAUCAACCACCUCGAAAGCUGCACAAUAGCGCAUACUGCUUCCCACGGCGCAAUUGAUAAUCUUGAUCCAAUGAAAAGCCAGCUCCUCCUCAGAGACUAUGGCAAAGAGACACUGAGCGUCCAGACUUUAAGUGAAGCACAAUUUCAACGCUGUCAGCUUGUAUACCUCUCAGCAUGCGAGACGACCGUGAACCAGGAUGCUCAAUUACUUGAUGAGCGCAUUCACAAUUCUGGUGGGUUCCAGAUCGCUGGUUUUCCAAAUACGAUAUCGACAUGGUGGGCAGUAUUGGACGACGAAUGCGUUGAUGUAGCUAAGGCGUUCUACCAGGGUCUUCUUAGCGCUGAUAUGGACAUUGAUGUGAGAAGGUGUGCCAAAAGUUUGCGUGCAGCGAUGCUGCAGCUGAGAAAUACUCGCAAAAGCCCACUGAUCUGGGCUGCGUAUUCGCAUUCAGGCGUAUAG